CUUGGUUUCACCAAAUUACAAUCUGACAUUUUGGAUUUCACACAAUCUUGACUCUUGACAGAUCGAUUCGGCGUUCUCUCAUUACAGGUUAUAACGGCUAGGUAUUAAUUUCUGUAAGUUUCGUAUUAAAUACAUAAUUUUAAAAUGGAAAGCAUGGAUGUGGCUCAAGAAGGAACUUCGGCAGCCUCAACUCCAGUGGCGGAGAAUGGUGAGUUUGGGCCGGACAAGAAUGUUACUGCAGAAGAAAUGACGUCAAGAGAUUACUACUUUGACUCUUACGCACAUUUUGGUAUUCACGAAGAAAUGCUGAAAGAUGAAGUCCGAACUCUAACUUACAGAAAUGCUAUGUACCACAAUAAGCAUCUUUUUAAAGGAAAAACUGUUCUAGACAUUGGCUGUGGAACAGGAAUUUUGUCUAUGUUUGCUGCAAAGGCAGGUGCUGCUAAAGUUAUAGCAGUAGAGUGUUCUAAUAUUGUGGACUAUGCCAGAAAAAUUGUUGAAGCCAACCGAUUAGAUGACAUUAUAGAAAUUGUUAAAGGAAAAGUGGAAGAGGUUCAGCUGCCGGUAGACAAGGUGGAUAUCAUUAUCUCAGAAUGGAUGGGCUACUGUCUGUUCUACGAGAGCAUGUUAGACACCGUCCUGUACGCGAGGGACAAGUGGCUCAAACCUGAUGGCAUGCUGUUCCCAGACAGAUGCACACUAUUCAUUUGUGGUAUUGAAGAUCGUCAGUACAAGGAUGAGAAGAUCAACUGGUGGGAUGAUGUGUACGGUUUUGACAUGUCCUCCAUAAGGAAAGUAGCAAUCUCCGAGCCGCUAGUAGAUGUUGUUGAUGCUAAACAGGUUGUCACAAAUUCUUGUCUUCUAAAAGAAGUGGAUUUGUACACAGUGAAGAAAGAAGAUCUGAACUUUGAGUCAAAAUUCCAUUUACAAGUGCGCCGAAACGAUUUCAUCCAAGCUCUAGUGACAUUCUUCAAUGUGGAGUUCACCAAAUCUCACAAGCGGUUGGGAUUCAGCACUGCCCCUGAAGCCCCAUACACUCACUGGAAGCAGACUGUUUUCUAUUUUGAUGAAUAUAUGACGGUCAAGAAGGGCGAAGAGAUUAUGGGGACGUUUUCGAUGCGUCAGAACUCGCGUAACAAUCGAGAUCUGGACUUCGAAUUGGAGAUAUCGUUUAAGGGUGAGCUUUGCCAGGUGCAAGAGAAGAACCAUUACCGAAUGCGUUGAAACUCGCUACCAAUGUCAGAGAUAGGCAACACAACAAUUACAUUGUAAUUAUAUAACGAAUAUGGAUAAGAGUCAUUUUGAGGAAACAAUGAUUCAAUGCUAAGACGUAAAAUAAAAAUGUACGAACAUA